AUGAAGGACCCAAUUCUUGUUACCGGUGGUUUUGGAUUUAUUGGCUCUGCCGUCGCCCGUCAUCUUCUCCAAGAAGGCUACGUCGUUCACGUUGUGGAUAUUCAUGGUCCACUGCUUGAUCAUAUGAAUAUUUGCACCAACUAUUACAUUGGAGAUUUGCGAGACCCAGGGGUGUGUGCUAACGUCGUUCGCGACUGUAAAACCGUACUUCACUUUGCGGCCAACAUGGGAGGCAUGGGCGCAAUUCACGACGCCAAUGAUUUCGCCAUCUAUAAAGAUAAUCAUCUCAUGACCCUCCAUCUCCUUUCUGCUUCUAUCGAUGCUGCCAUCGAAUGUUUCCUCUUUGCAUCUUCCGCUUGUGUAUAUCCAUCUAUCAUCCCUUCGAAGGGCGAUAUUUCACUUCGCGAAGGAGACGUGUGGUCGGAAGGAUUCUAUCCCAACCCCCAAGGCCUCUACGGCUUCGACAAGCUCAACACCGAGCUCAUCCUUUCUCAUUUCUCCCACAGACUAUCUAUCCGCAUCGCGCGCUUCCACAAUAUAUUUGGCCCUGGCGGUGCCUGGUUCAACGGAAGAGAGAAAGCCCCAGCAGCCCUUCUUCGAAAAGCCUUUGUCGCCAAGCGUGCUACCGAAGCAGGAUCCAAGGCUCGUUUCGAGAUAUGGGGUGAUGGGAGUCAGCGUCGGAGCUUCCUCUACAUCGAUGAUUGUGUAGAGGGGAUUUUAGCUCUUCUCAGGUCGGACCACACCGAGCCCGUCAAUAUUGGGUCGGACCGUGCCGUGACGAUCAAGGCUCUGGCGCAUCUGGCCCUUGAUUGUGCCCAGGUAUUGCCAGAUGAUGUGUUAUUUGAGUAUCAGACGGAGAGACCCCUUGGCGUUGCUGCACGCAAUUCUAACAAUGACAUGGCUUUGAAGAUCCUCCAUCCCUGGAAGCCCCGCGUUCCUCUAGAGGAGGGAAUGAAGAGGACGGGAGUUUGGAUUGCAAGUCAGCUCGACGCCGUCUUACAGCGGGUCAAUGGUACCGAUAUCCUUGAUCGCCUUGGAUCGAGCACUGUCGUAAACCUGCGAACGGCCGUGACUUUUGCCAUCCUGCUGCCUAUCACUUCGCGUGGUACGGAAUCAGAGUUUCAGUGCCUCGAUAAUCUUCGGCGCUUUGCUGAUUCAUUGGUGCGGACUACUUGGCGAGAUGUUUUCCUCCCGGAGACGGAGACGAGUUUCGGUAUCAAGAUCAUCCUUGCGAUCGACUACGACGAUACUUUCCUUGUGAAGGGAAACAAAGCAGAAGUGAUUCUUCGGUCUUUCGGGCUCAACGUGUCGACCAUUAUAUGUCAUCAACCUCGCGGUCAUGUCUGCAGUCUCUGGCGUCACUGCGCAAGAGCAGCGUAUGGUGAUCCUUCGAUUAACUACUUUGUUCUGAUGGGAGAUGACGUUGAGAUUUUGGAUGAGGGUUGGAUGGCCAAGAUCCAUUCUUCCUUCAUAUCCAUUUCGCACGAAUGUCAUACCCCCUUUGGUUUCGGGUGUGUCGCAUUCAAAGACCUCUCAUUUCCUGGAAUGCCGACCUUCCCCAUUGUACAUCGCACCCACCUGGACAUCUUCAGUGGAGAAGUCAUUCCUGAAAAUUUCGUUAAUCAGGACGGUGAUCCGUUUCUUUUUCAGCUGUAUCGCCGAUGGGGAUGUUCGUCCAUGCUCGAGGACGCGACUCUUCAAAACUCUCUUGGCGGAAGUGGGGACGCUCGAUAUGCAAAACUACCUACACCAAGCUGGUCCUUCCAAACCCUCGAUAGAGCUGUCGACGUUGCGAGACAAUGGUUACAAGUCCAGAAUCCUGACAUCCAGUCCAAGCUCGCUAUCGACAUUGUCGUUCCCUCUUUCCGCGUUAAUCUCUCUCUUCUGGAGCGUAUCCUUGCUUUACGGCCAUCCCCCACAGCUAGUACCAUGUUCAUCAUCAUCAUUGAUGAUCCUGGCUCUUCUGCUAUUGAUGUGUUACAGAAGAAAUACGGGCAUCGAGUAGAUGUGCGCAUCAGGGUGAAUGAUAGCAAUCUAGGUGCCUCAGCGUCUCGAAAUCGCGGGAUGGACGAGUCAUCGGGUGACUGGAUCAUAUAUCUGGACGAUGAUGUUGAGCCUGAUCCUGAUUUGAUUCCCUGUGCAGAGGCUCACAUCCGUGCUCAUCCCAACGCUGCGGGCUUCGUGGGAAACGUGCACUUCCCUCCUGCAAACUCGAUCUUCACAACAGCUGUUCACCUCUCCGGUGUUACCUACUUCUGGAAUAUCGCCGAAAAGAUCAAGGAUGACCUUCCGUGGGGCGUGACGGCUAAUCUGAUCUCUCGUCGAAUGAGCGAUGGCGUGAAAUUUGACCUCCGCUUCCCAAAGACAGGAGGAGGAGAAGAUAUAGAUUUUUGCGCUAGGAAGAAAGAGUUGAAUCACUCAGGAGAAGGUUUCUAUUCCGCACCAGACGUUACAGUCAUGCAUCCGUGGUGGUCCGAUGGUCGCCGCUCGUACUGGCGCUUCUAUGGAUGGGGGUUCGGAGAUAGUAGUCUCAUCGGGAUGUAUCCCCAGUUCGUCUCAUGGGACUACGCUCCGAAUUCCCCUGAGCUUCUGCUUUGCGCCGCCUUCAUCUCUAGUUCCGGUGCAGUGUUCCGACAUAUUGCUCCUGUCUGGAUGGGACUGAAGCUAGCGGUGGUCGUGUUCCUGGUUAAUCUCUUGCAUGAUCUCUACAGGCGUCUCUGGGCAGAACCAUUCGAUGAGAUGUCGAUGCCGGCCAAACCAGGAGAGCGUCAUUUGGUCCAAGGAUAUGCGAGAGUUGUCGCGAUUUUGGAGAGCACCCUUAUCAGGAUGUCCAGCGAGGCAGGAAAGACUGUUGGGCUUUUAAAACAAGGGCAAUGGUAUUAUCUUGGGAAGCGAUUUGACUGGUUCACUGGACGAUGGGGGGAUGGACCGAAGAGAAAUGAAAGGAAGAACAGUGUGCAGAGAUUCAUCCUUGUGGUUCUGAUCUACAUUGCUUGGAUUAACGUCUAG